CGGCGCAGCGCUAAAGGAAACUUCAUUUUCGGAAGCACAGCCGGCUCCGCCCACCAAGGUCAGCGCUACCAGCGAAUAAGGCCACAUAUAAAAUGCCUGUGAACCCUCUGUUAUUACUAUUCAGGGAGUAGACAGACAAGCUGAUACACGUAUUCCAAUAUGUGCCGGUUACAGUGUUUGUUUUUUGUGGCUUUAGUUGGAAUCGUUCAAUCUAAGCCACAACAAGGAGUGUUGAAUCCCGAGUUACCGAAUGGAGUUAAAUAUUACAACUCACCGAAGUAUGCUUUCAACUAUGGCGUCGCUGACCCUAAUACUGGUGACGUGAAAUCACAACAUGAAACCAGAGAUGGAGAUGUUGUUAAAGGUCAAUACUCUCUUGUAGAACCAGACGGUUCUGUUCGCACGGUCGACUAUACCGCCGACUCACUCCACGGCUUCAAUGCUGUGGUUUCCAAAAGCGGCCCGAAUGUGCAUGCAACACCCGCCCGAGUUGCACCACCUGCUCCAGUGGCACCUCCCGCUCCAAUUGCACCUGCAGUCUUACCGUCACCAUUACCUAAAGUACAACCCACCGUACAACCUACCAUACAACCGGCAGUGCAGUAUGUGCCCAAGCCUGUACCCGUACCAGUAGAGGUACCGAGGAACGUUCAGCCAGUGUACCCAACACAGGUGUACCCUCAACAAACGUUCCCGCAACAGGUGUACCCUCAGCAAGUUUACCCUCAGCAAGCUUACCCACAGCAAGUGUACAACGACCAAGCCUUCCCACAGGUUUAUCCUUCACCGGGACCACUUACUUAUCCCAAAUUCGGACCCACGCCUUUCCCAGAAUAUGAAAACUUUGACUUCGAUGGACAGAUUUUCCCGCAAUACAAUCAAUUUUAUUAGUUUGAACAUUCUGUAAUGCUGUGUAAAUAAAGUGCCUCAGUGUACGUCGUUUUAAGUUAAUUUCAAUAAAGCACCAAAUAUAAUUAAGUUA